AUGAGUACAGAAAUUGAUAACAAUAGUAGAGCUUCUAACCCUACUAGUAGUCUAGUAGUCAAUCCAGGGGGCCAGAAUUUAGACCUGUAUGAUAUUACUGAUGAUCAGGAUGAUUUUCAGACGCAAUUAUCAUAUAGAGAAAAACAGAAAUUGAAACGACAGAGACAUGAUCAAAAUAGUGAUGAACUAUCAAGCUUUACACCUAAACGUAAUCGAAAUGACAAUAACAAUAAUAAUAAUAAUAACGAUAUUCUUCAACAAAGAAUAAAUGAAAAUAUAAAUAAUAAUCAAUAUGCAACUUCAUCUUACUUCAACACAAAUCAGAUUUAUCGUAAACUUGGAAAUGAGUUAUCGGGUCAAAAAAAACAACAGCGUGUGUCUUUUCCACCCUUUUAUAUCGAAUUUAAAGAGGAAAGUAAAUUUCCACAUAAUGACGUCAGUAUCAUUAAAGAUAUAAAUCGUAAAUGUAAGAUAAAUUUAACGUACGGACGUCCUGUUGUAAUAAAGCAAGAAAAAUGUUAUCUAUUAUAUGCAGAUACGACGACACAAUUUGAUUUUCUAUUAAAUAUACAAAAUUGGCCGGAUAGAAUUUGUGACAGUCAAUAUGUAGUUGAACUGCCAAGAAAAAUUCCUUUUUCGUAUUCUAUCGUUGUUAAAAACAUUCCGGCUCAAUGGAAUGUUGUUGGCUUUGGGGAAGAACUUAAACAAAGGUAUUCAACAAUUGUUAGAGCUGAAAGGCUUUUUAUCAACGGAGGUCGACCAAUUUCUAAAGUCCGUGUGGACUUUUCAUCCAACAAAGAAUUAACUGAAAUACUUAAAAUGAAACGUAUAUUGUUGGAUGAUGAUUAUACGUCGUAUCAGAUUGAACCUUAUGUGCCACCAACUCGUAUUUUACGUUGUUAUAACCAUGUUUAUGAUCGAAAUUGUCAAAAUGAAAUACGAUGUGCACAUUGUCAAGGGGGACAUAUGGCAGGAAAUCCAAGUUGUCCAGUGAAAAUUGAAAGACGUCAAGUAAAGAUUCAACAAAACAAACCCUCCAAUGUUAACCAGUCUUCAGUACGACAACAGCAAGGUGUUUGGGUUAAUAUGCCCGGUCGAUUACUUUUUAGUGAUGCUCCAAGGACACCGUCGAUGAAUCAAAAUACUAAGUACGGAAAAGAAGAAAGGGAUAUGAUUGAAAAAAUAAACGAUACAACAAUGGCAAUUAUGCAGAAUCAGAAGGAUCUUCAUGAACAAUUUAUGGUGUUGAAUGAAAAAAUGGUAAAUCAUGUGAACCUUAUUAAUGAUAUUAUAUGCCCAUUGAUUAGAGAAAUUUCGAAUAUCAUAUAUGGUCAAGUCAAAGGUCAAAAUAAACAAAAGAUAACUCCGUUAUACAAUAAGCUAGUGAACUAUAUGGGGAAAAGUAACAUUAGUCAAGUCAGUAAUGAGAAUGCAAAUGUUCAACGAUCAAACGAUGAAAAUAUCAAUUCAUUAGCAACAUGA